AGCUCAUCCACCUAUUUAUGUUGUUACCUCUAAAAAAACGGCAAGAAUCUUAUACUCUGAUGAAUGAGUACUACCAGGAUGUAACAAGUUUGACAUUUGACAUUUGGACCAGUUGAGCUCUCCAAAUGUAACAAGGCGUAGAAGUUUAGAAUUUCUAGUGAUUAAGUUUGGAAAAAUAAAAAAAAGUUUGGAAAAACCAUAUCCCUUGAAGCUUUUCAGACACGGCGAAGCCGGUAAUGGAGUCCCGCAGCAACAGAGCCGCCGUUCAGGCCACCAACGAUGAUGCAUCCGCCAGCAAACUAUCUUGCAUGAAGAAAGGAUACAUAAAAGAUGAUUAUGUCCACUUGUUUGUUAGAAGACCUGUCAGAAGAUCUCCAAUAAUUAAUCGUGGUUAUUUUGCUCGGUGGGCUGUACUACGGAAGCUUCUGUAUCAGUUUCUUGACUGUGAGCCGAAUGCGGGCGAAAAAACUAAGAAACAAAUAGUGUCGCUUGGAGCUGGAUUUGACACAAUGUAUUUUCAGCUGAAGGAUGAAGGGAAGGCACCACAUACAUAUGUUGAGCUAGAUUUCAUUGAGGUGACGAGAAAAAAAGCAUCUCUUAUUGAAAACUGCAUUCAGUUGAAGGAAAAAGUUGGUGAAACUGCAUUUAUAUCUCCAGAGAGGGGAGAAAUUCUUGGUGAACAUUACAAAUUGCUCCCUGUUGAUUUGUGUGACAUCAAUAAACUAAAUGACAUUGUAGCUUUGGCAAAUAUAGACCCAAGUUUGCCAACAUUUAUAAUUGCAGAAUGUGUUCUGAUAUACAUAGAUCCAGAUUCCAGCCGUGCUAUUGUUGGAUGGGCUUCACAAACUUUCUCCACAGCAGUGUUUUUUUUAUAUGAGCAGAUUCACCCAAAUGAUGCUUUUGGGCAGCAAAUGAUCCGAAAUUUGGAGAGUCGAGGCUGUGCAUUAUUAGGAAUUUAUGAUACACCCACUUUAGAAGCAAAAGAAAACCUUUUUCUGGAUCACGGAUGGCAGAAAGCAAUUGCUUGGGAUAUGCUGCGAGUCUAUACUGACUUUGUUGACACCCAUGAAAGGCGCAGGAUUGAGAGACUGGAAUUAUUUGAUGAGUUUGAAGAGUGGCACCUGAUGCAGGAGCACUACUGUGUUGCCUAUGCCGUCAACGAUUUGCUGGGUCUCUUCAAGGAGUUUGGCUUCCCUAAUAUCCCGCCUCAGGCAGGCACCUCCACUGCAACACCCUCUUGAAGAAUGUGAUGCAUACCAGUCCUUAAAGCGUGUUUUGCCCUUCUGUGAUGUGUUUGUAUGAAAGCGCCCCACAAGGUCAGAUACUCGAAGCUAAAAUGCUCUAAGAACCAGCCAUAUGCUUCUACUACUGAUCGAUUUUCUCCUUCCUAUUUUUUGCAUUGCUUGACAAUUUGACACUAGAAGUGUUCACGGAGACGAUGUAUUAAGGUUAUCGGGCUGCGUCUUAGUAUUGUGGACCUUACCUCUCUAUUUACGCUUGAGUCACAUACACCGGAUUUGGUUUUGUUCGGCAUAGUUAGGUGAAUGG